AUGUCCACUCGGUGGUUCGUCUCCUUUGCAAUUCUCUGCGUUCUUCUCACCGCACAAACGUCCGAAGCAAUGUGAGUACGGUAGGAAAUGAAGACGUCGUCGGAAGGACGGCCUCAGGGGAGGUGCAAUCGGGCGGAAAUCCGCAGGCACUUUUGAGCAGAAACGGAAAGACCAAAAAGUCUCUGGGGUGUUCUAGGGGCACUUUCGUUUCUAGGGACAAGUGCUCACUCGGAUGUUUGUGGGCUCUGCAGGUUGACUGCCGGUGCAGAUUAGCGCGUGUCUAGAGUCUAGACACAACAGUGAAUCACCCCCGAUUGUUUCGCCCAAAUCUCUCUUCUCCAUUUGACGUGUUCGGGUGUUCAGGUGAGAAAUGAGUGCGUCAGCCACGCAUUCACAAUGCAUUCGAACGAGAAACCAAAAAACAUGUCACAAAUUGUCAAAGUCGACUACUGUAGAUUACUGAAUGGGUGCUUCGUUACACUUGAGUCAUUUGCAGGCCGCGUCCAGGACAAGUGUCGCUGAGCAGUACACGGAACUGCUUCUUCUCUCCGAUGGGCUGCGUUUUCGUACCGAAGAUGUCUCGCAUCCGGAAGCUCUCCACCGACUUUCGCAAUGAGAUCCCGCCGCCCGACUACGUCUAA